CCCCAAAUCAUCACUCGCGACUCAGAGCCCUCCAUGAACCCAUAUGUCCUCGAACUGCCGGGUGGAGUUGACAUUGUCCAUUCAAUUAACCUCUAUUGUAGAAAACGCAACAUGGGUCUGUGCAUUCUCACUGCCUCCGGCACCGUCGCAAAUGUUUCGUUGCGUCAACCGUCGGCGACCCCAGGAUCCACCGUUACAUUUCAUGGCCGAUUCGAUAUACUCUCGUUAUCGGCGACUGUAUUAUCAACACCGACAACAUCCGUGAUUCCGGCGGCUAUAUCCAAUGGAUUUACUAUAUCUCUGUCUGGUCCGCAGGGUCAGGUGGUCGGAGGGACCGUUGUGGGAUCACUUUUGACGGCCGGAACUGUGCAUGUAAUUGCGACCUCGUUUAAUAAUCCAUCUUAUCAUAGGUUGUCGGUGGAGGAGGAUGUAACGAAUACUGGGUCUGCUGGGAAUGAGGGACACCACUCGCCGCCGGCUAUUUCAGGCGGUGGAGAUGUUAGGCAUCAGCCGGAGUCUUGUGGGAUGGCUAUUUAUAGCAGCCACUUGCCUUCUGAUGUGAUUUGGGCACCCACCGCUAGACAACCACCACCUCCACCACCCUAUUGA